GCGAUAUUAUGUGACAAAGUGUUCAAAAGAACCGACUCGCGGAAAAGAUUCGGUCUACUCAUAGCUGCAACCAGUUGAACUAAAACACAUAAAAUUACAAUAAACACUGCUAUUAAAUCAACUUAAAUUUGAAUCUGUAAAAAAACAUCAUUAUGGACCUAUUUAUUAUUUGUUUGGAAUAUUUUAAAGCACGAGACAAACAGCGAUAUAAUGUAAAGACGUAACUACCGAAUCGAUUUUAAUUUGUUCUUUAAAACAGUUCGAAAGAACCGACUCGUGGAAAAGAGUCGGCCUACGUCACUGCUGAUAACCAAUCAACGAUCAGCGGCCUCUCGGUAGCCAAUCAGCGUUCAGUCUAUUCUCUUGAAUUCUCUACAGCGGGUCGUGUGUUUUGGUUCGUGGGAGAGAAAAUUCCUAAUAAGUUUGAAGAGUCCGCCUAACUUAUCAAAUUUUACUAAAUAACAAUAUACAGCGUGUGUAAGCUUUUUAAUUUUAAUGUGGAAUUGACUGGUCUUGUUGAAAAUGCUGGUGGCGGAAGUAAAAAGGCUGAAAGUGGCCGAGUUGCGUGCUAUGUUAACGGAACGAGGACUGGACUCAAAAGGCCUGAAGGCCGAGCUGGUGGUUCGGCUGAUCUCUGCGAUCGAAGCCGGUGUUGAACCCAUCAAAGGUGGAAAUGAGGAAGGAAAUGUUAGUGAGGUGAUGAGUAUAGAGCCUGCAGAAGAGCCGCUGAAGUCUCACUCCCCGGAAUCUGUGCAGUGUGUUAGGACGCAGUCUCCAGUAUGCACCAGUCCUCCUAAAAAGAGCAUGAACGCGUAUACUGAUCAAAGUACACAGACUGACCCACUUCAGCUGUGUUCUUGCACUGCCCCAGGAGCCAUCGCAGCGCAGAGGCCAGCUAGGACUGAAGAGGCCGUUAGAUGUGGAGAGGACAGAAAACAGCAGACGAAUCCACAGCAUUCAGCCGCCGCUCUGCAUCCCGUCGCCGUGGCAACCGCUGCUACAGAGGAUGCAGAGUCAGGAUGCUCAUCAUCAGUCUUGGCCUUUUCAGAGCCAGAAGCACCACAGCAGCAAGAGCAGUUGCUCCAUAGACUGUCAAAUAAACCUGAGAUGGUAGACUCCACCGCAGAGGAAAGCAGGGAACUGAAGAGGCCUUAUGAGGAGAGAGGCAGAGAUUAUUACGAGUUCAAAGAGGACAUUCAUUACAACAGAGCUAAAACACCAGAGCUGCCGCCGGAGCCUGAGGAAGAAGCGGAAAUAGACUUUGACGACGUUCGACUGGAUUCCUAUAACUGUGACCUGCAUUUUGAGGUGGACUCUGAUGGAAGCAGCGGUCAGCCGCUCUUCUGGGAGAAAUUCCCUCUUCUUUGGUCAGGGUGCAGGAUGACGCACGGAUUUUGUCAAGGGAAGGUCGGAUUCGAAGCCAAGUUUGUGAAGCGACUGUCGGCACCUGCAUUAGACAAGAGCUCUGACCCGGAUCUACACGUGCUCAGAGUGGGCUGGUCUGUGGACAACACAAGCCUUCAGCUAGGCGAGGUGGAGCUGUCAUAUGGUUUUGAUGGACGGGGAAGGAUAGUAACUGCAGGAAAGGAAGAGGUGUUUGGUGAGCCUUUUACAGAAGGAGAUGUCAUUGGAUGCUAUGCAUUCAUCAGUGAGACAGGAGAGGCGAAGCUUUCAUUUCACAAGAAUGGACGUUCUCUUGGAGUGGCCUUUCACCUGAACUCUUCUACUCUUGGAGGCCAAGCCCUCUAUCCCCACGUGCUUUGCAAAAACUGUUCGGUUUCCGUAAAUCUCAACCCAGACACUCCCUGGCAUCCUUUUCCUGCUGGUUUCUGCACACUGCUCUCACUUCCUCCUGGUCAAAGGACUCGUGCGCUUUUGCUGACAGCAUCUAAAAGUGAAUGCGAGGUGUUGAUGACGGUUGGUUUGCCGGGUUCCGGUAAGACUCACUGGGCUCAGGAUCACAUGAUCCAGAACCCAAAAAAAUGUUACAAUCUUCUGAGUACAAACUCCAUUUUGAACUGCAUGAGGGAGCCUCCUGGAGCCAAUCACAGAGAGCUGAUGCUGCAGCAGGCCACUCAGUGCGUCAGUCAGCUGAUCAAAAGAGCUGCAACCAAGAGAAGGAACUACAUCCUUGAUCAGGCCAACAUUUAUCCAUCUGCCCGGAGACACAAGAUGCUCUGUUUCCGUGGUUACCGGCGAAAAGCAGUGGUGGUGUUUCCACCUGAUGAGGUGUGGAAGAGACGUCUCGUACUGCGGCAAGAGCAGGAGGGCACCGCACUUCAGGAAACGUCUCUUCUCAAAGCCAAAGUGAGUUUCACGCUGCCGGAGCAGGGAGAGCAUGUGGAUGAGGUGAUGUUUGUGGAGCUCAGCUCCGAUGAGGCCUUGAAGCUCUUAACGCAUUAUAAAGAGGAAGCUCGCCAACUCCUACCCACACCUCCCAAACGCAAAAAACACAAACAAGGAAAUCAAAACCGCCCCAUUCAUCAGUGUGGAUGGAGAGGAGGCCCGUUCAGCUCAUACUAUACAUCCCAGAAAGCACAGGGUCGCUCUUACGGAUGCAGCAGUGACCCACAGAGAUACAGGAAUUAUUACAGACCGUACACUGGCCAGUGGAGUUUGUCUGAGCAAAACCCGAGUUGUUACGGCAGCAUGUAUUAUGGAUUUUCAAGUUAGUUGGAAGCGUUCUGAUAAACCCAGUACUUUCGUGUAGCAGGAAAAACAACCUAAAUCAGAGCGUUUUGCUUUGAUUAGCAGUGCUUCACCUUUACAAAAAUAAUUGGUUCAGUCUGUCUGUAAUUUCAUUAACAAAGGUCAUUGCUUAUAAUGAGUAGCUCGCUUGAGUACCAGAAUGCAGUUUGUUUUUAAGGGGUAGUUCAUCCAAAAAAAAAAAAAAGAACAU